GCUUCUUCCAUCUUCGCCGUAAGUUACACCACAAAAACCCAGCUCGAAGUGGCGGCUGUGCUGAGAAACGCAGAGCAGUUCGUUCCGCUUUUUUCUAGCUGUUCUAGUUUCCAGAUUACAGCAGAUUAGCUCGUCAUGAGUGACAACGAGAAGGAAUUUGUGGAGCGGGUGCGUGAGAUGAAUCUUUCUAUUAUCAUUUUUUGUAUAAUCUAGCUUAGUUAAUCGGACGCAAACCCAGGGUUUUAAUGCUGGAAGUCUUUGUGUAGGCCGAAGCUAAGCUAACCUGGCUAGCAAGCGUGCUAACUUGUUUCGAUCCAAGUUAACUUAGCUGACCUACUUUAGCGAAACACCCCGUUUCAUGAACUUUAUUUUCUCAAACAUGGUCUUAUUUUAAGUUUUAAGGACAGUUAUCUGUUAAAAUCCGAUUAUUUAGAGCUGAUAUUUGUUCAGAAAUCCGGAUAGCGAGUCGAUUAGCUUAGCAUAGUUUAGCUGUGCUAUGCUAGCCAUGCUGGCGGACGUUACGACGGGAUUUUUGUUUUGUUCUUAAUUUAACGAAACGUUUAAUUUGCGCCUUUCUACUGUAUGAAAAUGUGUUAUUGUAGGGUGGUCGGUGGUCCUCAACCCAGUCCAUCUUCGCUGUAACCGCUCGAUAUUUAGCUAACGCGCCUGAAGUCGGUUUCCUGUUCGCAAUUUCCCCGUUCCACCUUAAAUCGUGCAGUGUUUUAAGGUGGAACGGGAGAAUUCGAACAAGAAGCUGGCGGCUAGGACGCGAACUUCGGCCUCGCCUCGAUAAAUAGCCUUUCUAAUCCUCUCUAAGCUAAGAUAAGCUGCUCUCGGUGAGGCUGAAAGCGAAGAAAUUUGCUUCAGCUGCUGUAAAACAGUCGCCAAUGUCAGUGAUUUGAUGCGAAAUGGUUCAUUGAAACUUACAGACUCUGAUUUCUUUGCAGUGGUGCUGAUAGGAACCAGAGGUCACGGUGACUAAAACACGAAUGUAGACGUUUUGUUUACCAUCCCAAAUCACAGUGAACCUAUACGUGUCUUUUGGGCUUUUGUAUGUAAUGCUGAGAGUGGUAAAACAGUAGUAAAUCUGAAAAAUAAUUGUUUUCUUUGGGGGUUACUUUGCCUUGUAGCACCAUACAAUAGUGCCAAACAAUAAUUCUAGUACUAAAAAAUUUAUGGGAAUUAUUUUGAAUUGCAACGCCCUGCGUGCACCUCUCUCCCAUGAAUCAGUAGUUAAAAAUCUGUUUUAAACCUUAUUUUUUGAAAGCUUAUCUCAAAAUCAUCGUAAAACAACUUGUUAGGCAGUGUAUUUGCAGCAGUUUUCAGUGAGGGGGUCAGAUGUCUGGUUCCUAUCACCACCACUGUGAACAAUUCUGACUCAGUUUCUCUAGAAUUAAGCAUUUCACGUCAAACUCUGAAUGACUUUAUUUACAUCUUAACUUUUUUAAUUUUGCAGACAUAUUUACAAAUUGGAAGAAUUCCCUUUUGAGUUCUGCCACAGGAUAUUGCAUGUAAAUCUCUACGUUUAGUCGUAAAGUUAAUCUGUGUAUGUUCAUUGACUACAUUUAGUACAGUGAGGUGAAAGUCUGAUUAGUGUAAAGUGUUUUGCCCUAAAAGAACGUCUAACAACGCUCAUCUUAAUCUUUUAGAUUACAUCUGAUUUUCAGUUUUUUUUCUUAGUCAAAUUUGUAUUUUCUCUUCUUUUAUUGUAAGACUGGAUUUAAUUUACUACAUUAAGUAAUAAAAAACAUGCUGUUUAGCCAGUAGGCUUGAUUAAUUUGUGCUUAGAGAAGCUCUGAAAACAUAUGAACCAAAGGAAAUUGUAACAUUUCACAUAUUGACAUUAACGCUGAUGGGUUCACACCAAGAUAAUGAAUAUAACUUGGCUAUACACAGGUUUGAAGUUGUUUUCCUCUACCUAGAAAAGCUGUAUAAUGUGGCUACAUGCAGGCGACUUGCCAACAUACAACAGUUAAUUAUUUAUUUUUAUUUUCACUUUAUUAUCGACCAUCUACUUCACUACACUGUAGUUUAGGAUUGUAAAUGUGCCAUCUCUACAGAUUUUAUCCACAGAUUGAUUUUCUGGGCAACAUUUACUGCAAAUACCUAGACAUUUCUGUCAUUUCUGAUAUGUGUUGAUGUUAACGAUUAACCAAGAAUAUGAACUUUAAGGAAUAAUUUGCUGAAAAAGAAAAAUUUACACAGUUUUGCCCCCUCUCCUCAAAUGUAGUCGGUCAGCCAAGGCAUGUUUUGUGUCUGUAGUCAGAUUAAUCUGCCUGGGGAAGGGAACCGAUAUGCAACACACAUUACAAAAUCUAUGUGUGUUUUGUGUGCAGUUACACAUUUACACAAAAGACGUCUCCAAAUCUUAUACAGUGUUGUUUAAUCAUAGUCUAUAUGAUCAACAGUGUUGUCUUAAUGUUAUAUAUUAGGGAUAUAACCUUAGUAACACACAGCUUGUGAUGUUGUAGAUGAGUUAGACCAACCAGAAACAACCAAACACCCAUGUGUGCUUGAUAAAAUACAGCUAACUGGCAGUACUUGCAGCUUUUUAACCUCAAGCUAGACGAAAAGUGUUUAUGCUCUUGUUUUUGCUCAAAUAGAAAAAGGCCUGGGCUAUAAUUUAUAGAAAAUAACCUUUAAUUAAAAAUUAAUCCUCUUAACGUUUGAAAAAUCCACCAGCUUGAUGGUUGCAGUGCCACGGACAGUGACUGCUUUGGCAUGCAUUUGGUGUACAAGAAAUCAUUAGUUAAACGUGUUCAGAUUCAUUCAUCACUGUCUAAAUUAAGUGCACCGAUUGUCUGAAUGCCGUUGACCUCCAUUACUUGUUAGCUGAGUUAGCCUCAUAGCUCCAGUACAAAACUAAAUAAGCAAACCUUAGGCACCAAACGGGUUUUAGCUGGUUGAUUACAUUUGGAGUAAAGGGCAGAGCUGUGGAAAUUUGAGAUUUUUUUGCGAAUGAUUUCUUUGACGUAAUGCAUUAUUUCAGUCAUUAUGAACUGUCAGUUUUGUGAUAGUAGUUGUAGACCAUUGUAGAUUGACUUAAACCAUUUCUCUACUGGACUUUUUAAAACUCUAUUUUACCAACAUUAAUACAACGUCCUUACCCCUUUUCUGUUUUUCUUAUUAAGGUUAAGGUGCGAAGAAUGAAAAUGUGGACGAAGUCAAAUGUCAAGUUUUUUCUUUUUUUUAUUGAGGCUGAAUUUUGAGAGUGCAUGCUUAUUCGGUGUGGCGAGAAGUUCUAAGAAGUUCCCCUCGUGUAGAGUGUUGUGACAUUGGGAGCAAUGAAUGUUCAAGAUGCAAAGAAGUCAGAAAUAAGAAACGGAAGAAAGAAGAACAGAAUGUUGGUUGAAGUUGUGAAGUUAAUCUCAGAAGUGUUCGGGUGGAUAAGAUGAAACAGGGCUAAGUAAUUUGCAUUAGUCUGUUCUGUCUGAAUACAAACCUCUCUCUUUCAUACACUUUGCAUGCUACUAUUUCUACAAUAAUGACAAAGUAUUCUGAUGCCAGACAUAGAUAAAAUGUUCCUUUUGUAAUCUUCCAUGGUCGACUGUAAUAGAAUCAGUCCAGCUUCUUCUGUGUCAGCAUGCUUAGGCAAUUUGUAGACCUGUUCUCAACAACAAUGCAUUUUAUAUUUCAACAUGCUUAGCCAACAUGAAGCCUGGAGUCAUGGCAGUCAAUUCUGUUUGUCAACAUGCUUAUCCAGUUAACAGGCCUGGAGCCAUGACUUGAUGCAUGGAAAGUUCUCUCUGUUGUGGUGCUAAUCUGCUCAGAUCUGUGCAGGAGUCCCGAUCCAGGAGCCAGAGUCCGAAGGCCUCUGCAAAAUCGAACAGCGGAUCUCCACGUCAGUCCCCUGCAGGAUCUAAAGAUGGCUCUCAUCGUUCCAGGUCCAAAUCCCGGUCCAGGUCCAGGUCCAAGUCCAGGUCUCGUUCCCGGCGGAGCUCUCGGCGGCACUACUCUCGUUCAUAUUCGCGUUCUCGUUCGCGCUCUCACUCUCGCCGCCGCCACUCACGCAGUCGUUCAUACAGCCGUGAGUACCGCCGCCGCCGCAGCCACAGCCACUCGCCGAUGUCCAACCGUAGACGCCACGUGGGCAACCGGGCAAAUCCUGACCCCAACUGCUGCCUGGGAGUGUUUGGCCUAAGCCUGUACACCACAGAGAGGGAUUUGAGAGAGGUCUUCUCCAAAUACGGCCCCCUGUCUAGCGUCACCAUCGUCUACGACCAGCAGUCGCGCCGAUCACGAGGCUUCGCAUUCGUUUACUUUGAGAACAGGGAGGACUCCAAGGAGGCAAAAGAGCGAGCUAAUGGCAUGGAGCUGGAUGGACGGCGGAUCAGAGUGGACUUUUCUAUUACUCAGAGACCACACACUCCCACGCCUGGUAUCUACAUGGGAAGACCAACCUAUGGGGGAGGAAGACCCAGCAUCUCCACCAGCCGCUCCAGGGAUUAUUACGAUCGUGGCUACGAUCGAGGAUAUGAUCGCGGCUAUGACCGCUAUGAUGACCGAGAAUACUACAGAUCGUACAGGCGCAGGUCUCCGUCACCCUACUACAAUCGCGGAGGAUACAGAUCGCGCUCUCGGUCGCGGUCAUACUCCCCACGGCGUUACUGAAGAAGCAGACGUCACUGUGUCCAUUGAGCAGGGGUGAUUGUUUUUAUUCUUAUGAAUGAUGAAUAACGGAGAGAGUUUUUGUUUUCUUUUUCUGUUUGGUUUGAGUUCUUGUAUUCUAAGUGGCUUCAGUUUUGGUUAGUUUAAUAGUCAUCCUGUCCAUAGGUCUUGUGUUUGAUGAGCUGUAUCAGACCUUCUGCUUUCCUUACGACGUGCUUGUAGUCAUUAACGUCCAAAUCUGUUUGACUACAAGCCCCGUUUUGGUGAUCUGUUUAUCUUGAGGUCUGUGUAGAGUGCUGUCUCAGCAUCCUGGGGGUCUUUGAAGAAGCAGGAUUUCAAACUUUUGUAGAUGUCCAAUGACUGUCACUUUUUCUUCUUUUUCUAUUGGACAGUUUUUUUUUAGCUCAAGCUUAAAAGAAUAAGCAAGCUAAAAGGAAAACGAGGAUUUUUCAACUUAAUCUUUAUACAUACAUUUGUGCUGUACCAUGACAGUUUCCUGUGCUUAGAAAAAUUAGAGAACCCGAUGAGAACUCACUUGUAAUAGAAUCCAAUGGGCAGCUGUUAAAUGCUUAUGUGGGUAGCAGGACUUCGAAACUACAGCUAUUACACUCUAACAAUACAGGACUGCAUUAACAUGUUGGCAGCAGGCAGUCGACAGCAAACUGAAUAUUCCAUUGCGGAAUAAUGGAUAAUUGCGGAAUAUUCCGUCGAGUUUUCCCAAAUUUUGCUGUCGUGUGCGGCGGUAGAAUAUACCGGAUGUUGCUUGGUAGUCUACUCUGAUAAUCAUCUAUUUUGCUGGCGACACUGUCACCAUGGCAACGUUUUCAUGGCUAUGUUAAACUACGGGGCACGGAAUAACUUUUUUACCAAUGGUAACAUGUCAACACAACAUUGGGAUAAGAUAGACAUGAGAGAAUGUCGCUUCUAAGGCUUUUUGGUAUCCAUGGUAAACCAACCAUUGUACCCAUGGUGUAAACUCUGCCCACACUAUGUUGGUAAUGUUAGUUCCUUCCUCUCUGAAACGACUCCAAACUGAAUUGUACCGACUUUCAGUUUCGUCUACAAAAGCUUUUGACUAAAGUGCUCUACAAAAAUGUUUACUGUCAGAAUUCAACAACUGCCAAUUGGCUUCUGUUUUAAGUGCACUUCAGCUCAAUGCAUUUUCACUUUUUUCCCCAAAGUACAGACAAAUGUGUCAAGAUUAUUGUCUGCAGUAAUUGACUACAUGCUUAUGGAUGCAGCCGAUAGAGAUUAGGUUUAAAAAAUCUUGGUGUCUUCCUUUUAAAUAUGUCAGGACUGCUAUUGGCAACCACAGCAAUACCUGUAUUUAGAAGGAAUGGCCAGUGUCUCAAAUCACAUGUAAAUGUCUAUUAUGUUGUCCCCACUGAAAGAAUAAACAUGACAUUUUACAAC